CAAGCCCAGGAAAGAUACAUUUCGAGUCGAGGAAGUAGCAAGUAGUUGCUGCGGUGCAGAUCGUGUUAUUUAUUUAGUGUAGAGCGUGAACAAAAUAUGGACUGUUUGAACGUUCCGCAGAUUUUGCCAAAUUCUCCGGGAAAGAGCAGAGGACAAAUUCAGGUUAUUUUCGGGCCCAUGUUUUCAGGAAAAAGCACGGAGCUGAUGCGCAGAGUUCGCCGCUUCCAGAUCGCGCAGUACAGCUGUCUGGUGAUCAAGUACGCCAAAGAUACGCGCUAUUCGGACAAAGGAGUUGCAACCCACGACAAAAACACUAUGGCGGCUGUACCGGCCACUCGCCUGACGGACGUGCGUGCACUGGCCCUGGACGCGCGCGUAAUCGGUAUCGACGAGGGACAGUUUUUCCCGGACACUGUGGAGUUCUGCGAAGAGAUGGCCAACAUGGGCAAGACGAUCAUCGUGGCUGCCCUGGAUGGCACAUUCCAGAGAAAGCCGUUCGGGAACAUCCUGAGCCUGGUUCCGCUGGCGGAGAGCGUGGUGAAGCUGAACGCGGUCUGCAUGCAGUGCUUCAAAGAGGCCGCCUACACCAAGAGGCUGGGUCAGGAGCGGGAGGUGGAGGUGAUCGGGGGUGCGGACAAGUACCACGCGGUGUGCCGGGCCUGCUACGGAGGCCUGACGGAGAGCAAGGAGAACAGCGCUCCCCAGAGGGAGGAGACUCCCCUGCAGAACCACCCCAGGAAGCAGCUGGACCUGGGCGCCCCCCGCGUGCUGUUUGCGACACUGCAGCUCUGAGCCCAGAGCAGCUGACACUGCGGUCCCACGCACAGC